UCUAGUCCAGUGAUCGAUCCGCAGUGGAGCUCUACAAUGCCAACCGCUCCUCGUCGCUAUGCUUCAGUCACUGCCAACGACUACAACACUUCACCAACUUUCGUCCAUCGUCUGAUUCCUUAUCUACCUGACUACCCGGAAUAUUCCACCGCGGACACUACCAGUUCUACUACCGCCGCCGCCGCCACUACUUCAUCUACAACCACCUCUCAUCAUCAUCAUCCCCCGCAGCUACAGACAACGACAUCCAUCCGCCGCGAUUCCACCUCUGUCCCUGCCACGGAUGCAGACAUGCAGAUGAACUUCGGCGCUCCGAGCGCCAGCUGGAGGAGGUCCAGUGGCCUUCCUUCUUACUCUCGGCAGUUCGCCAAUAUCCCAGAAUACGCCGGGGCUGCAACGACAACUCCUACAAAUGCUGUAGGCGCCGGUUCAGGUCUACCAGCAGUAUUAUUGUCAUCUGCUUCUUCCCCAUCACAAUCAUCAUCUCCCUUUCGGGAUCCUUCCUUCUUUGUCCCGUCCUACCUCCGAAACUCGCGAUAUGUGGCUCGACUAGAAGCCGCCCGACGCUCAAAGCUAGCUGCUGCUCAACGCGAACAGUCAUCUACACAUCUGCAACAACAGCAACAGCCAUCCCUCUCCGCAUCGUCGAGUCAUGUCAACCUUUACCGUAUGGCACCUUCGCAUCGUGGGAUGACGUACGAUAUAGUCGAGAAGGAGCCUGCCGUCACUACUACUACUCCUGCUGCUGCUGCUGCUCCUUCUACUGCGGCGGCAUCAGAAGAUAAACCGAGUCCUCUACCAUCUCGCUGGAACGAGAAUGAUAGACAUGAAGGACUGGAUUUGACCAACGAUGGAAUGGAGGUACGCUAUAUGGGCCAUGUGCACAAACCAGACCAUGAGGCGGCUUCUGUACGGGCGGAUUAUCCGAUGCCUCGUGAGGGUGGGAUAUACUACUACGAAGCCACCAUACUAGUCAAACCUAAGGAUGCGGUGAUUGCCGUCGGUUUCUCAUCAAAGAAUGCCUCGCUAGAACGAUUACCUGGCUGGGAUAACGAUUCAUGGGCGUACCACGGAGACGACGGAAAAGCCUUUAUCGGCGAGGGUCAGGGUCAGGGUCGUCCGUUUGGUCCUACCUUUGGUGUUAAUGAUACUAUUGGCUGUGGAGUCAACUUCACAACGGGCAGUGCCUUUUUUACCAAGAAUGGAAUAUUAGUCGGCAUCGCAUUCAAGGACCUGCAGAACUCCAAGAAUAUAGCUUUUUACCCUUCUAUUGGUAUGAAGAGACACAAUGGCAUGCAUGUGAGGGUCAAUUUCGGUCAACAGCCGUUCAUGUACGAUAUCGACGGGAUGGUCAAGAAAGAGAAACUUGCCGUCGUUUCUGAAAUCAAACAAACAAGUACUGCCAAUCUUCAGCCUCCAUUGGACGAAGACAGGCUUUUACAGGAACUGGUGGCUCAGUUUCUCACUCAAGAAGGCUAUUACGAGACUGCUCGCGCGUUUGCGGAAGAAGUGCGUCAAGAGUCUGUUGCUCUGGAUAAUGGACAGCCGCGGUCAUUGUAUGAGCAUGAACCGGGAGAAGAUAUUGACACAGCAAAUCGGCAGAAAAUCCGCGCCGCCAUUCUCGAAGGAGAUAUUGAUAGGGCAUUAAAGUAUACAAAUGCGUACUUUCCCAAGAUCUUGCAAGACAACCCUCAUAUUCUCUUCAAACUACGAUGCCGAAAGUUUCUGGAGAUGAUGUGCAAAUGCAGCGACUCCUCGAAUGCCGCGGCAGCUGAGCGAGAAAGGGAUGGAGCGGAAGAAGCGAUGGACGUUGAUGACCGUUACUCUGACGGUGAAGGAAUGGAUACUGAAGUGCCCACGUCCACUGCCAAGGUACAUGAUACCACCAAGUUCCAUGAACUAUUAACAGAGGCCGUGCAAUAUGGACAACAACUACGCAUGGAUUACCCAUCGGAUGAAUACGGAGGCGACAAGAAAUAUCUCGACGAUAUAUUCUCGUUGGUCGCUUACCCGGAUCCUCGAUCUUCAGUCCACGGGCAUUAUCUGGAUGCAUCGGGACGUAUUGCGGUGGCCGAUGAUCUGAAUGCCGCCAUAUUAAUCUCCCUCGGAAAAUCAUCAACUGCAGCCCUGGAAACCCUUUACUCGCAGACUGAAGUCCUAUUAAAUGAACUGAGUGAAGAGGGCGGUACGGGAGCAUUCAUUAAUCUCCGAACCGACCUUCUAAUGAAUCCGUAGCUUGUGAGCACUGGGCUGGAACGCAAGAAGGUGUUUGGGAAGUCGCAUUCGAAUCUGACGCUGAUCGAUUAGGUUGUUUUAAUAUUUAUUAUUAUUUAUUUCUUCAUCGUCGUUG